UGCAUUCUACUCAGACUUGAAUAAAGUUAAAGGUAUUUAAGCAAGCUCUCGAGAAUAAAUAUACCGCCCACAUGUAAUAUUGUGGUUAGCCAGGAGAUCUAGCAUAAUUUUUCUUACCAUCAGUUAGACAUCCUCGAAUAAGGCUUUUUAGUUAACUGGACUAAAUUGCUGUUGUUUCCAAUAAAACACCAAGCAUGCUCCCAAGCCCAGAGCUCUUCUCAUGUGUAGCUUAAGACCAAAGGGAAUUCUCAUCACAGUUUCUUGUAUGAGAAGUGUUCGAAAACGCAUGCAGGAAAUUUUAUUAUUAAUUAUUAUGUUGCCAACCAUGUCAUAGGAAGAUGAAAAUAGGUGGAAGGUAUAUAACAUAAACAAAUGUUUUUGAAAGAUGUGUACCUAACAAAUAGCGAUGGUGACGAAAACCAGGUUUCACUCAUUCUGCAAAUUAUAUAAAUGCGUUUUACUUCUUUACCAAAACGCCACCUUGGAUCAGGAAAAGCGAAUGAUUUAUCAUAAGUAAAAUGAAGUUUUUACACAAAUAAUGAUGAAGAUUUUAAAAAUAAUGAACUUUUUUACACCUGUUGUUAACUGAAUUGAGAAAUCCCACUCCCUGUUAUUUACCCGGUCACUUGACCAGCAUAUCAUUUUCUUGCACUUGUACUGUAUUCAUAUACUAUACCAAGGGUACAAGCACAUCUGUACACAUUGUGACUGCCCAGGACAGCCCGGAAUUCCCAAAUAUCCAAAUUGAAUGAAAUCAAAAAAUUGAAGAUGUAAUGUUAAUAGGUAUAUGUUGCCAACAAACAAAACACUUUUUUAUCUAUUAUAUAAAAUAUUGCAGUUACAACUCAUGCACUGCAAGUGACAGUCCUACACCAUAUGCGGCCAAAUAAAGUAGCUGAGCACAAUGAAAGCAAUCUAUAUUAUAAUACCUGUAUACGUCUGUCUGUCUGUCUGUUAAGCAAAAUGGUAAACGCAGUAGCGAGAUAAAUGGAAUGCCGUAAAUAAAUGUGGAUUUAUCUACAGGCCACCGAUUAGUAAAGUAUAAUUGCAUAGGAUAAGUACACAGAUCUUCAAAAUAUACUAAACAAGAAAAAGAGUCUUAAUAUCAACAUUGGAAUUUGGAUUGAAACAUCUCACAAAUAUUUCAACCCUGACAUUUGAUAAUUAUCUCUCUUUGACCAGUGGCCCCCAGUGGAAACAAUCCACCAACUAUAGGUUUUUGUGAUUUUCUGGGCUAGCCACUUUAAAUAUUUAUUAAUAUUAUUAUUUACCAGAAUGCAGCCUUUCUACAUGAUGACCCUCACUAAUUGCCAACAUGAGUGCUGAUGUGUUAACAAAACAGGAAGGCAAAUGGCCUUUCACACAGACACAAAAAAUUGCUGAUGUGAAACAUGUAUUGUGUCGAAAUGCUGAAAUGUAAACAUAAUUAUGUAGUAAAAUGAUUUCAAAAGCACAAUUAUGGAGAUUAUGCCUUUUUUAUGUUUGUGUUUAGUUCAGUGUAGUUUACCUGUAGCAACCUAUCCUGGAAACCUGAAAUUAAUGAUACUGCAAAGAAAUUAAGGUCUGCUAAUUGUGCUAUUGCUAAGCUUAGACACUAUGUCCCACUGAGAGUAACCAUCCAGGUCUAUUGCUCCCUUUUUAUUCAAAUCUUAUUUAUUGUUGUCAAGCCUGGGGUCAACCUGUCUCUAACCUUAUCAAACGUAUCUCUAUAUUGCAAAAUAAAAAUCUCCAACAUUAUCUUUAUUAAAAAUGUUCUCACUGAUUCCACUCCUAUAGCUCUAACAGAAACCUAUGGUAUCAAGAUCCAUCAACACCAUUACAAUACCAGGAACAAAACUGCUGGAAUGCUUGACCACUUUCUCUUAAACACUACUUACUAUGGUACCAACUCAAUUAGAUCCCAGUGCACUACUUCCUGGAAUAAUUUACCAAAAAUUACCUCUAUCCUCUAUCAAAUUCUGUUAUAAAAUAUAAACUCAACAAUAUUUUCUGGAGACUUAUGAAAUGACCCUUCAGUAGUGUGUGUGGUGUUUGUACGUGCUGUGUAUGUGUCUGUCAACAUGGAUUUCUAUCUUAAAGUGUGUGUGUGUGUGUGUGUGUGUGUGCAUCACGUUACUAUUAGCUUUGCUAUGGUGUUGGUCCCCUCCAUUGAAAUAUAACUAUAUGUAACUUAUUAUAUAUUGUAUUAUACCUAUUGUAAUUUCAACUUUUUCUAUGGCAAAUAAAUUGAAUUGAAUAGUGAUAUAUUUUGGAAGUUCUGAUAUAUAAAUAAUCAUCUUUUCCCCAGUUUUUUAAUGCAAAAUAUUUACUCCAAGCUGAAAGAAAACUUGAUAAUGUGAUAUUUCUUAAGGGGAUUUUAUACCUUUUAGUUUACAUCAGCUUAAAAUUAUGCUACAUAUCAAUCCUGCAAAAUGCCUAAUGGAUGAAAAGGUUCACAUAAAAAUAACUAAUUUGAAAUCAUGUGAGAAUGUGACUGUAAAAUGUGAAGUAGAACAAAAUGGAUUUAUUUAUGUUUCUAUCGCUCAUCUCAUUGCUUCAUUAAAUGGAGAAGUUGAUUUAGCUAAUGAUCCUUCAUUUGGUGGAAGUUACAUUGGAAUUGAUCAAAUGGGUAUAUUCUGGAGUAUGCUGCCAGCUACAGGACAAAAGUUAGGACUGCGUUAUAUUCCUAGAAAUGUUACUGACCCUGCGAAAUACAAACUACAGGUUGAUAAGACGAACAAAAAACAACCAAUUGUAGAAGGUGUGGUCCUUAGAUGCUGUUCUGCGCCAGGAGUUACACGAUAUGAAGUAAAACAUGGUUCUGUGAGAGGUACAAUUUUUAAACCUCCUGGUAAAGGUCCUUUCAAAGGGGUUAUUGAUGUGUAUGGCAGUGCUGGAGGUAUAGUUGAAAGUCGAGCAGCUCUCCUGGCGUCGCAUGGUUUUAUUGCAUUUACAUUACCACAUCAUCGAUACAGAGACCUCCCAAAAGAAUUACAUGAUGUGUCGAUUGAGUAUUUUAUUGAAGCCAUAGAUUAUUUCUCUUCACUGGAUGCUGUUCAACCUGGUAUUGGAAUGAUUGGUAUUUCAUCAGGUGGUUUAUUUGCGAUGGUUCUUUCAGCACUGAGCAGCAAGUUGUCAGGUAUUAUUUCAAUUAAUUCACUGUCAUAUAUAUCAUUUGUCAUGAAGAAAAACAAUCAACAAUAUCCACCAAUUGAAGAUAUUCUCAUAGACUUACAAAAGGCAAUGCCAUGGCAAGAAGAUGACAAGGGUGGUAUAUUAGUGGAUUUGUCAAUCUAUGAUAAAAGAACAGAUCAUUUAACCCUUAACAUUGAUCAAUCAAAUGCUAAAUUUUUGUUAAUAGCAGGAGAAGAUGAUAAAUGUGUGAACAAUAAAUUGGCUACUGAUAAAUUACUGAAAAAAAUGUAUAAAAGUGGGAAAGGAGAUAAUAUUGAUCUAUUGUUAUAUCCUGGUGCAGGACAUUUUAUUGAUCCUCCAUACAUGCCAUUGACGUUGUUACACUACAAUCCAAUUUAUAAACGACCAGUGGCUGUGGGAGGGAAGAUUGUUCACACUGCUGCAGCUUGUGUUCAUUCAUGGACGGAGAUUCUAAAGUUUUUAAACGCCAACGUAGGAAAGUUAAAUUUUCAUUCGAAGUUAUGAUUUGAAUGUGGUUGCUAUCAACUGAAGAAGUAAACAAAUUGAAACAGUUUAGCGACACGGGACACGUCCUCCUUUUGUAUACGAAAAGGAAGAGUAUCAUAAUCUCAUGAUGAUCUAAUGGAAACGUGACUCCUGAGGUGCAUUUCCAUUAAAACGAAACAAAGACAACACUGCAUUAGCUAUCUUGAAAAUUUGUGCACGUAUUUCAAUUUUAAAUUUUAAUUUGAAUUAUCAAUUCUGCAAAAUAAAGCUCUUUUUCUCCGGUAUUUCACCAGAAAAUUAAAAUAAUUGAACUCCUGGAAAAAGUCGGCGACUCUGAAACCUCACGCAUAAAUAUGACGCACAACACAAUUGAAUAAUAAGACGAAUUUCAAGGGAACGCAGAAUUUAAUUUCUGAAUAAAAUGUUCUUUUUUUGCUUUCUCACUUUCUUACUUUUUUUCUUUCUUUUUGCUUUCUCACAAACAAUCUGUAAUUAAAAUUUUUUUUUAUGCAUUUUUGAUAUUCUUUUAAGAAUUUUAAAAUGAUUUACCUUGUUGGGAAAGACCAAAGUUAAUGGUAGCUGUUCAAAAAAAUCUUAAAAAGACCGAAAAAUACUGAUGUACAGAAAGACUACCGCGUAAUUAUAAAUUUAUUUUUCUAGAUACAUUUUGUAAUAUAUUUUUAAGAAUUUUGUACCAAUAUACCUAAAAAUAGACUUAAUGAAGAUUUUAUCA